AUGUCUGGCUACUACGGUGGCCCGCCGCAGCAACCUCCCUAUGGCGGCCAGCCGCCGCCCGGACAGCAGGGCUACUACCCUCCUGCUACCGGCUAUGGACAGGAGCAGUACGGCCAACAACCUCCCUACCCGGGACAAUAUGAGCAACAACCGCAGGGUUCUCCGUCUGGAUAUUACGGUCAGCAACCGCCGCAGCAGCCGUACGGCGUUAGCUCUCCACCGCCGCUUCAACCACAACAAAGCUACGAUAACCGUGGUCAGGUCUACAACGCAUAUCCCCAGCAAGGAGGAGGAGGAGAAAGCAACUCGUACUAUAACCAACAGUACCCCGGGGGAUACCAGGCCCCGUACGGUGGCCAACCCGGUGGUCCCCAGGGGCCGCCUGGCGCGCUGGGAGGGCCAGAUGGCGAAAAGGGGCUAGGCGCCACCUUGCUGGGCGGUGCCGCCGGUGGAUUUGCGGGACAUAAGCUUGGUGGUGGAAUGCUGGGAACCCUGGGCGGCGCAGCCCUGGGUGCUGCUGGUGCCAAUGUCAUGGGACAUGCUGCGAAGAAGCACAAGAAGAAGAAGAAGGACAAGAAGGACAAGAAGCAUAAGAAGUACAAGAAGCGUAGUGGCAGCGGCUCAAGUAGCUCCGACUCAAGCAGUGACAGUGACUAG